UGGUUUAUUGGUGCAGAAGGUCUUCAGUCAACAAGAGCAUGAGGAGGAGCCUUUUACGUUACAGUAUCUUUGCUAAAGUGACACGCAGAGCUAUUAGCGGCAUCUAAACACUCGGUCUAUAAACAGUGGUUGCCAACUUCCUUGUUUUGUGGUUGUGUGGUUUCUGCUGUUUUGUGUGUGAGAUGAUGUUGGUCUGAAAAACAUGUUGAGAAGAGUUGCACUGAUAGGUUGUUUAUAGAGAGAUGGAUGGGGAGAUCAGGAGAGGGAACAGGAUGAGUGCCUUUGAGGCCAGAUAAAAGCUGAGGAAGACAUGCCAGUGAUGUAACACAUUUACAGGACAAUUACCAGUAGGACGACAAGAAAAAGAGGAAAGAGCGCUCAUCAUCAAAGAGAGAGAGAGAGAGAGAGAGGCUUGAAUUCUCUUGCAUGCUUGUUCCCUCUGCCUUGUCUCCUCCCUUCAGUGUUUUUGUGUGUGUGUGAGUGUGUGUGUGGAGAGACGGGGCUGAGCUCAGUGGCAUGUCGUACCAGGUUUAGUUUCUCCAAGAAGCAGUGACAAGCGCACCUCCCUCGGCUGACUGACAUACGCACCAUGCAGAGUUGAAAGAGAGCCUUUCCGCCCCCGCUGCCGUGGUGAGCAGUGAUGACCCCGUCCUUCUGACCCCAGGCAGGAUGAGCCAGCGCCAGGUGAAGGACAAAGACAAAGACAAGGACAAAGACAAGGACAAAGACAAGGAGAAAGAGAAAGAGAAGGAGAAGGAGAAGGAGAAAGAGGCAGGUCUUCAAACGCCCAACAGGGAACUCGUUACCACCCCCUCUGCACUCAGCCCGGGGGUCAGCUACACCCACGGUUUCGAGAGAGGGAAGGAAGACCUCCUGGCUCUGCCUUUGAAGGAGGACUCUCACUCCAUAUCUAAGAGCAAGUCUGAAACAAAGCUGUACAAUGGCUCCGACAAAGACGUGUCUGCAUCCGGAGGAAAGCUCACCAAGAAGGAGUCCCUCAAGGUGCAGAAGAAAAACUACAGGGAGGAAAAGAAGAGGGCGACCAAGGAGCUGCUCAGCACCAUCACUGACCCCUCCGUCAUAGUGAUGGCCGACUGGCUAAAGAUCCGCGGCACUCUGAAGAGCUGGACCAAGCUGUGGUGCGUUCUGAAACCAGGCGUCCUGCUCAUCUACAAAACCCACAAGAACGGGCAGUGGGUCGGCACGGUGCUGCUGAACGCCUGCGAGCUCAUCGAGAGGCCGUCCAAGAAAGAUGGAUUCUGCUUCAAACUCUUCCACCCGCUGGAGCAGUCCAUCUGGGCCGUCAAGGGUCCUAAAGGAGAAGCAGUCGGCUCCAUCACUCAACCAUUACCCGGCAGCCACCUCAUCUUCCGCGCUGCCUCUGAAUCCGAUGGUCGAUGCUGGAUGGACGCCUUAGAGCUGGCGCUGAAGUGCUCCAGCCUGCUGAAGAGGACCAUGAUCCGAGAGGGGAAAGAGGACAUGAGCACAGUUGCUACCGGAGGAGAACACUCCAUUAACUUCUACAGCCUCCUCCGAGCACACAACAUCCACGGCUUCCAGUUCAACGACAGCGACCAUCUGAAAGACCCGGACCUGUAUUCGGAUAAAUCUGACCGUGAGGGGGAACAGGACCACGAGGAGUCGGACCCCGAAGGUCUGGAGAAGAGCGAGGAGAGCGACAGCGACACGUCGGAGCGCCAAGACGACUCGUACAUCGACCUGGACCCCAACGAACAUCUGAGGGAAACACCGUAUCUGGAACAAUCCCACGAGGAGCUCGGAGAGGCGGGUGAGGCGGCGCAGACGGAGACGGUGUCGGAGGAGAAUAAAUCUCUGAUCUGGACUCUUCUGAAGCAGGUGCGACCCGGCAUGGAUCUCUCCAAAGUGGUUCUGCCCACUUUCAUCCUGGAGCCACGGUCCUUUCUGGACAAACUCUCCGACUACUACUACCACGCCGACUUCCUGUCAGAAGCUGCGAUCGAAGAGAACGCUUACAACCGGAUGAAGAAGGUGGUGAAGUGGUAUAUCUCUGGAUUUUACAAAAAGCCAAAGGGUUUGAAGAAGCCUUAUAACCCCAUCAUUGGAGAGACGUAUCGCUGCAUGUGGCUCCAUCAGCAGACCAACAGCAAGACUUUCUACAUCGCAGAACAGGUAUCCCAUCAUCCUCCUGUUUCGGCGUUCUAUGUCAGCAACAGGAAGGAUGGAUUCUGCCUCAGUGGAAGCAUCCUCGCUAAAUCCAAGUUCUACGGAAACUCCCUGUCGGCCAUAUUGGACGGGGAGGCUCGGCUCAAUUUUCUCAACCGAGGAGAGGACUACGUGAUGAACAUGCCCUACGCUCACUGUAAAGGCAUCCUGUACGGCACCAUGACUCUGGAGCUCGGCGGCCAGAUCACCGUCGCCUGCGAGAAAACAGGCUACAGCGCUCAGCUCGAAUUCAAACUAAAGCCUUUCCUGGGCAGCAGUGACUGUGUCAACCAGAUCUGUGGGAAGAUCAAGCUGGGGAAAGAGGUGUUAGCCACGCUCGAGGGACACUGGGACAGCGAGAUCUUCAUCAACGACAAGAAGACGGGGACCGUGGAAACUUUCUGGAAUCCAACGACCGAGCUGAGACAGAGUCGACUCACUCGAUGCACCGUUCCCCCCGAAGAACAAGGAGAAUCUGAAUCAGAGAGACUGUGGCAGCAUGUGACUCGGGCCGUCAACAACAAGGACCAGACGGAGGCCACCAACGAGAAGUUCUUCCUGGAGGAAGCCCAGAGGAAGUCUGCUCGCGAGCGGAAAGCUAAAUGUGAAGAAUGGAACCCCGCGCUGUUCGAGCAGGACCCCGUCACCGGAGAGUGGCAUUACAGAUAUGCCGACACGAGGCCGUGGGAUCCGCUCAACGACUUGAUCCAGUUUGAGAAAGACGGCUGCAUCCAGACCAAGGUCCGACACCGCACCCCUAUGGUACGUUCUGGCAGUCUUAUUAGUCUGAGUAACCAGGGGCCGCGGAGGGACAAUUGCAAGUGCCAGGUGACGGUGCCAAAGAGGAAACACAAGAGCGAUAAACCCAAGAAGCCGGAGAGCGGAUGUUCCUCUCCUGAACCCGACCGCCAGGACUCGUCUGGCAGCGAACGACACAAAAGCAAGCAUAACAGUCGACUGAGGAAAAAAGGAGCGGACCUCAGUGAACUUCAAAGUGCCAUUGAAACCAUAAAGAAGACUCAGGAGGACAUUAACAGGAACAUCAGCGUUCUGCGGAGCCGUGCAGCCGGCCGGGUGGAGAGCGCUUCGUUCCUCCAACAGCGCGACUACGUCAUCAUCGUUUUUCUCAUCCUCCUUCAGGUCCUGAUCAACUAUGUCUUCAAGUAGCAGACACACACACACACACACUCACUCACACUCACACUCACUCACACUCACACUCACACACACACACACACACACACACACACACAGAUCGUGGGGGACUAAGAGAUGUGAACUUUGACAUCUUGCUCUUUAUCAAAUCCUACUACAAACGUCCAGAAAAAAGGUGGAGACUUUCACACAAAAAGAGACUUUUUUUUAAAAAGUUGUUUUUAUUUUUAUCCAAUCCAUUCCAAAGCUCCACAGAUUUCAAAGUGAAGAAGAGGAGGAGGAGCAGCGAGAGGAAGAGGAGGGGAUGAAGUCUCUACUGCCACUCUGGAGCUCGUUGAUUUGUCUCAAUGUAGAGGCAAAGACAGCAGCCAUUUUUAGCUCUUAUUCGUUGUGUUUUUUCCCCGAUUGAGUGACACUAUUCUGUGACUUACAUUUCAUUUUUAACAGGGAACCUUUUAACACGGACUCAAAUACCAGGACUCACAGAUUCCUUUCAUUUUAAUGUUUUUUUAAUCGUUUUUUGUUUGUUCUUUUGUUUGCUUGGUGUGUCCUGUGUGAAUAACGGUCUGCUCGCAGCAGUGAUAAGGGAGAGAAAAACAAAGUGGUCCAAUCUAUGUGACUUUUAUUUUUUUAUUAUCAGCUGGGGGUGUGUUGACAAAGAAGAUAAAUAACACAAAUAAUAUUUGUUCAAAGGAACAGAAGAUAUAAUUUCCGCUGUAUUAUAAAACUUCACCUUUUUGCAUACAAAGAAAAAAGUCAGCGUCAUUGCAGGUAGCAUGUAAAGACGAGCGCGUGCUAACGACAUAUUGUACAGUAUUUUAUCUUCAUGCAGAAAAGCACUGCAGACGGCAGACAUGUUGUUAAUAUCAUUUUUUAUCAGUUGACAUUUUAACAUUUCUGCUCUGAGGAGGUUGUGAGCAUCGACAGAGGGUCAAAAAAAGAUGAUCUUUGUGAUUUUUCAUGCAUUACAGUGACUACUGCCCUAGUUUGAGGUAAAAGGGGUUGAUUUGUUCUAACCAAGUCAUUAGAGCUCAGUCUAAAAUAAGCCUUGUUAGACCUGAUGGUGAGAUAAAGACAUCUAAAUAAAAGUGUGCUUUGCUGAGAGUUGAGAAAAGCCAGUUAGCUUAGCUUAGCUUAGCACAAAGACUGAAAACAGCUAGCUCUGUUCAAAAGUAAACUCUCUUACACAUCAAACACGUGUUCUUUAGAGAGUUUGAGUUUUAGAUGUUGGUUUAUAUGUUUCCUUUGGACAGAGCAAGGCUCGGUUUGGAGUCUUUAUGCUAAGCUAAGCAGCUAGCUUCAUAUCUACUGUACAGAGGCAUAUCAACCUCUUACAGCAAGAAAGUGAGUAUUUUCCUACUAGGUUUACCUUUGAAACUCAACAUUUCAGGGUUUAAAACCACACAGAACUAAUCUGAAAGGUGUAAAGACGAGCUAAUGUUCUACAAACCGACUCCAGACCAAGCCAUGGGAGACAGAAAAACCCUUUCCCUCAAAUUCAUAUCAUUGCUUUCAGUGCUUUUUGCGCCUCAGAUGCUAAUAGAAUAGACACUUUAGUGAGCUACUUAGUCGCAGGAGGACGUAGACGUUUUUUCUAACUAUCACCACAGUAAACCAUUCCAAGCGUACGCUAAGUACCAGCCAAACUCAGUGUGUAGAGUAGGAGUCGACCCCGUUCACUGUGUAAAUAUCCAACCAAACACCGAGGGUCACAAACCACACCGACACUCCCGCGCUUUGUGCACAAGCCAGUCUUUUUUAACCCUGUGUGUCUUUCUGUCCACUGCUCGAUACACAUGGACAUGAGGGAGAAAAAACUCUGUGUUAAUCAGGAGUUUGCUGAUUGCAGAAGUAAAGGACGUUUUGGAGAUUAAGUGACGGAACAUUUCGGUUUUAAUCAGUCGCCUUCCUCUUUGGAAACAUGGAUUUUAAAGACUCAAAUAUACAGUAAAGACUCACAGGAAAACAGUCUUUGGUUUAGCUUUUUAACUCACAGUGGACUUAUGGGAAAAUGAACACCUCAGCGUUAACAGUAGGGCUUGCACAAUGAAUCUAAAUGUUAUCAAAACUGCCAUCUGGACUAUUGCAAUAUCCAAAUUGCAGUAAAUAUAUGUGAAAAUAUCUGAAUUAAGUAUUGUGAAGCUGCGGAGAAGUCCCGCUCUACAAAAGGUAUAAUCAUCAUUUUACAAUAUAAGCAGGAAAACAAAUAUUGCUUCCUAGCCAACGAACUUAUAUUCUGACCAUUUGUUUUCAUGGAUGAAGGCACCACAGAUCGAACAGUCUGUAAGAGUCCAAAACAACUUUUUUGAGGCGAUUCAAAAAAUAUCUGAUUUAUAUAAUAUCUAUUGUCAGGAUGUUAGCCUUGUGGAUGUUUAAACAUCCGAUAUCCUCCACUGUCAGCAGACUGAAAGACCUUUGUAACGCUAACACAGGCUCAAAGAAAGACUGGUAGCAUCGUUGGGAAAUAGAAAGUUACCCGGCUGGCCCGUGUGUAUCUGUACGUGUUUUAUUGUGUAUCCUCAUUGCCUCGAUCGCUCAUCUUAAAUCCAGAUGUUAGAAUGUGGAGAAAUAAGUUUAAAAACCAGUGCCUUCUAGACUCGGACUGGGGAGGGGGUGGAUAUAAAGGGGAGUUUAGUGGAGGGGGGAGCAAACAAAGUGUCUAAGGUGAAUUUGUAAUAAUGGGAACUAUCUGGAAUGAAAGCAGUGGUGGUGGGACUCUGACUAGUGUGGAAAAGGAUCAUGGCCACAGGUGAAAAAAUGCAUUUGAGUCAGAAUUCUAGCUUUAAAUCACUCAAACUCACAUAGAUAUUUUUAAAAACAUACUGCAAUAACUUUAUUCUCAGUUUUAUAUCACUCGAUAUAUUAACAUUUCUGCUCUGAGAAGGUUGUGAGCAUCAACAGAGAGAUCAAAAAAUACUAUUUUCUUAAAAUGACUCGAUUUGUUUUAACCAAGUCAUCAAAAUUAAGUCUAAAAUAUGCUUUGUUGGACCUGAUAGUGAGUUUAAGACAGAACUAAAAGUGUGCUUAUUUGCUUUCUUGCUAAGAGUUGAGAUAUGAGCAGCCAGUUAGCUUAGCGUAGCACAGAGACACAUCUAGCUUGCUAGGCAGUGUACACAGUUAAGAUCUCUUACAUAUUACAUUUCUUUGAUGUAAUCUGUCAAAAAUAUUGUCAAUAGAGAGCUUGUGAAGUUAGUGUAAACUGUUACCAGUUAAAAUUCGUUAUGCUAAGUGCUAAGCGCUAAGCUAAGCAGCUACUGUCUUUAGCUUCAUAUUAACUGUACAGAGAAGGGUAUCAUCCUCUUCUUACAGGAUCUAAUUUACAGCAAGAAAGUGAGUUAGUGUAUUUUCCAAAAGUGUUCAAUCAGAAACCUAAGUUAAUUUAUGUUGUUACCUUGUUGACAGAAUCAGGGUUCAUUUAGAGUCGUUAUGCUAAGCUAAGCUAAGCAGCUACUGUCUCUGGCUUCAUAUUAACUUAAAGCAAAGAAGUAAGUAGGUGUAUUUUCCAAAAGUAUUCAAUCAGAGAGCUUGUGAAUUUAGUGUAUUUUAUUACUUGUAUACAGACUCAGGCUCUGUUUAGAAUAUUUUUGCUAAGCUACUGUAAGCAGCUACUGUCUUUAGCUUCAUAUUUGCUAUACAGAGAGGGGUGUCAUCCUCCUAUCUAACUUAAAGUAAGAAAGUGAUAAAGCAACUACUGUCUCUAGCUUAAUAUGAACUUAUAGCAAGAAUGUGUAUUUCCAAAAAGUCUUCAAUCAGAGAGCUUCUGAAUGUAGUGUAUAUUGUUACUUUUGGACAGAAUCAGGGUCCAUUCAGAGUUUUUAUGCUAAGCUAAGAUGCAUUUGAGUUCUGACUUUUAAUGACUUAAACUCAAAUAGAUGUUUAAAGUAAAUGAAUAGUUCACCUGUGGCCCUGCUCCUGUUGGCCUCAGUCUCUAGAGUUGUUAGCGGACGUGCCAUAUGACGCCUUAUAAACCAGUCCGACCCCCCCACCCAGUUAUUGAUCCCUCCCCCCCCUCCCAACAAUAAUAAAAACUCUCCCAUAGUUUCUUCCAGAUGCUGAGCCCUGCCACAGCAGAGAGACUCCCUCAGUCUCACACACCAAAUCCAGAGGGAAUUAAACAUCUCUGCUGAUGUUUCUGUAAAAUAAUGCAUUUUUAUUUAUUCCUCUUUUCUAUGUCCUGUGUGUUUGUUUGUUUGUUUUGUAGCUUUAAGCGUUAGAUAACUGGUUUUGUUUUUUUAAUGCUGAUUUUAAAAUCACACGCAGUUGGUUUUAUCCCUCGCCCCAUUACUUGACACACACACACAAGUGACUGUCCUCAACUUGUGCACAAUGUCAACUGCCACACACACACACACACACACUUUUUCCUAUCCGAGUACGUGAAUAUAUUUCCUGUAUCUCCAUGGCAACUAUAACUUCCUGUAGGUUUAUGGUCACAUGUAACAUAACACCGAAUAAAAACAAAUGAUACCACA